CUUAACCUCAGUAUUUAGAUAUUUAUCCAAACAUUAUUGCUAUGGGAUUUCCUGCAGAAAGACUUGAAGGCGUAUACAGGAACAAUAUUGAUGAUGUAGUAAGGUUUUUGGAUUCAAAGCAUAAAAACCAUUACAAGAUAUACAAUCUAUGUGCUGAAAGACAUUAUGACACCGCCAAAUUUAAUUGCAGAGUUGCACAAUACCCUUUUGAAGAUCAUAACCCACCACAGCUAGAACUUAUCAAGCCUUUUUGUGAAGAUCUUGACCAAUGGCUAAGUGAAGAUGACAAUCAUGUUGCAGCAAUUCACUGUAAAGCUGGAAAGGGACGGACUGGUGUAAUGAUUUGUGCAUAUUUAUUACAUCGGGGCAAAUUUUUAAAGGCACAAGAGGCUCUAGAUUUCUAUGGAGAAGUAAGGACCAGAGACAAGAAGGGAGUAACUAUUCCCAGUCAGAGGCGCUAUGUGUAUUAUUAUAGCUACCUGUUAAAGAAUCAUCUGGAUUAUAGACCAGUGGCACUGUUGUUUCACAAGAUGAUGUUUGAAACUAUUCCAAUGUUCAGUGGCGGAACUUGCAAUCCUCAAUUUGUGGUCUGCCAGCUAAAGGUGAAGAUAUAUUCCUCCAAUUCAGGACCCACAAGACGGGAAGACAAGUACAUGUACUUUGAGUUUCCUCAGCCAUUGCCUGUGUGUGGUGACAUCAAAGUAGAAUUCUUCCAUAAACAGAACAAGAUGCUAAAAAAGGACAAAAUGUUUCACUUUUGGGUAAAUACGUUCUUCAUACCAGGACCAGAGGAAACCUCAGAAAAAGUAGAAAAUGGAAGUCUAUGUGAUCAAGAAAUUGAUAGUAUUUGCAGUAUAGAGCGUGCAGAAAAUGAUAAAGAAUAUUUAGUACUUACUUUAACAAAAAAUGAUCUCGACAAAGCAAAUAAAGAUAAAGCAAACCGGUAUUUUUCUCCAAAUUUUAAGGUGAAGCUGUACUUCACAAAAACAGUAGAGGAGCCAUCAAAUCCAGAGGCUAGCAGUUCAACUUCCGUAACGCCAGAUGUUAGUGACAAUGAACCUGAUCAUUAUAGAUAUUCUGACACCACUGACUCUGAUCCAGAGAAUGAGCCUUUUGAUGAAGAUCAGCACACACAAAUUACGAAAGUCUGAUUUUUUUUAUCAAGAGGAAUUAAAAACCAUGAAAACAAACUUGAAUAAACUGAAAAUGGACCUUUUUUUUUUUUUUUUUAAUGGCAAUAGGACAUUGUGUCAGAUUACAAGUUAUAGGAACAAUUCUCUUUUCCUGACCAAUCUUGUUUUACCCUAUACAUCCACAGGGUUUUGACACUUGUUGUCCAGUUGAAAAAAGGUUGUGUAGCUGUGUUAUGUAUAUACCUUUUUGUGUCAAAAGGACAUUUAAAAUUCAAUUAGGAUAAAUAAAAAUGGCACUUUCCCAUUUUAUUCCAGUUUUCUAAAAAGUGGAGACAGACUGAUGUGUAUACUUGGGAAUUUUUCCUUUUGUGUUCUGUCACCAAUUGAAGUGGCUAAAGAGCUUUGCGAAUCACAGGUUCACAUCCUACCCCUUUGCACUUGUGGCAACAGAUAAGUUCGCAGUUGGCUAAGAGAAGUUUCUGGAGGGUUUUUGCUACAUCCUAAUGCAUGUAUUCAGGUUAAGGGAAUGGAGGGAGUGCUCAGAAAGGAAUAUAUUUUAUGCUGGACUGUGGACCACAUACCAUCUCCAGCUAUUUACAUGCAUCUUUCUUUAGCAUGCUACAGUUACUAAUCUGGACAUUUGAGGAAUUGGCCGCUGUCACUGCUUGUUGUUUGUGCAUUUUUAAAAAAAGCAUAUUGGUGCUAGAAAAGGCAGCUAGAGAGAAUGAAUCUGUAUUUGGGGUAUAGGAAUGAACCUUCUGCAACAUCUUAAUCCACAAAUGAAGGGAAAUAAAAAUGAUGUCAGAUUAGAAACACAGCAACAAUGACUUAACCAUAUAAAUGUGGAGGCUAUCGACAAAAAAUGGGCUUGAAACAUUACAAAAAUUGACAGUAAUUUCUUAAAUAUGUCUUCUCAAUUGUAAUGACUGCUCCAUCUCCUGCGUAAUCAAAACCAGUGCUAAAAGUCAGAUGCUAUUAGUACCUACAUCAGUCAACAAUUUAUUACGUUUCAAUCAUAUACCUGCUGUGGAUGCUUCAUGUGCUGAGUAUAAGCUUCUUUUUACUCACUAAAUACAAAAUAUUUUGUAAUGCUGCACAGGAAAUUUCAAGAUUCUACAGUAAGUGUUUUUUUUUUUCUUUAAAGAUUUAUGAUGCAAUUAUUCAGUCCAGUAGCUGUCAGCCGUUCCACCCUUUUGACCUUACACAUUCUAUUACAAUGAGUUUUGCAGUUUUGCACAUUUUUUAAAUGUCAUUAACUGUUAGGGAAUUUUACUUGAAUACUGAAUACAUAUGUGUAUAUUAAAAAUUUUGUGUUAAAAAGGAAAUUAGAGUUGCAGUAAAUUUUCAACACUGUACAAAUAAGGCAUUUAAUUUUUCAGUAGAAAUUGUCCAUAAGCUUUAUCAAUUUGUUAUUGAAAGAAUAGAUUUUUUUUCAAUGUGCAGUGUUGGUUCAUUUCUUCAUAGUGCUAGAGUUGAGAACUAAGGCUUCAAUUUAUGUCUUAAGUAUCAUCAUAUAUUUGAUAUGCCCAGACUGCAUAUGAUUUUAAGCAGAGUACAACUACUGUUGUAAAGGUAAUGUGAAGUUACUAUUAAAAAGGAUUUUUCCCUCAGAAAUUUGAUAUCUUUAAAAUUAUACCCUGACCUUGACAUUUGAAUACCUAGCCAUUGUAUUUCUUAUUGGUGUAAAAUCCCAUUUUCAAUAACUUAUUGGUGCUGAAAUUGUUCACUAGCUGUGGUCUGAUCUAGUUAAUUCACACAGAUUGCAUAGAACUUAUUAGAACAGCAUUUAUAGAGUUUGAUGGUAAAUAGAUCAGGCAGAACUUUAUCUAAAAUAUUCUUAGUAUAUAAUGACAUGUUUUCCAUAUGUCAUCAGUUUCAUUCAACAAAUAAAGUUUUAAAAUUUUUAACAAAACUGUUAGGGUUUACACAUUUAUAUUUAAACAUUGAUAAUACAGAGUAUUCAUUGACUGCUCAUUAAGUUAAAUUGGUGAAGUUAGAAACUAUUCCACGGAUCUUCUCACUGAAAUUAAUCUGCCAUUUUAUCUUUCAUGAAAACUGAAAAUUGACUAAUGAAAAUCAACUAGAUUUGAAAAUAGGUAUUAAUACUGUUCUUUGUUACAGUUUUGGGCACAGUAUAUUAAAACGUAACUUGCAUUGUUUCAAUAUGUAACAUGAAGGGCCAGGUUAUAAAUAAUUAUAUUAUAAUGGGCUUUUGCACUGUUAUUUUUCCUUUGGAAUGUGAAGGUCUGAAUGAGGGUUUUGAUUUUGAAUGUUCCAGUGUUUUUGAGAAGCCUUGCUUACAUUUUAUGGUGUAGUCAUUGGAAAUGGAAAAAUGGCAUUAUAUAUAUUAUAUAUAUAAAUAUAUAUUAUACAUACUCUCCUUUAUUUCAGUUACCAUCCCCAUAGAAUUUGACAAGAAUUGCUAUGACUGAAAGGUUUUCAAGUCCUAAUUAAAACUUUAUUUAUGACAGUAUUCAUAAUUAGCCUGAAAUGCAUUCUAUAGUAAUUUCUCCCAAAUUUCUGGAAUGUUUUUUUAGACUUUUUGUAUGUGCAGCAGCUUACAUGUCUGAAGUUACUUGAAGGCACCACUUUUAAGAAAGCUUACGAUUGGGCCCUAUACCAUCCUAAAUCCUCUGUAACUCCUCUUGAAUAUUUUUGCCAUAAUUAUAAAAGGGUAGUUGAAUAAAUAGCAUCACCAUUCUUUGCUGUGGCACAGGUUAUAAACUUAAGUGGAGUUUACCGGCAGCAUCAAAUGUUUCAGCUUUAAAAAAUAUGAGUAGGGUACAAGUUAUGUGUUUAGUUCUAGAAAAUUUGUGCAAUAUGUUCAUAACGAUGGCUGUGGUUGCCACAAAGUGCCUCGUUUACCUUUAAAUACUGUUAAUGUGUCAUGCAUGCAGAUGGAAGGGGUGGAACUGUGCACUCAAGUGGGGGCUUUAACUGUAGUAUUUGGCAGAGUUACCUUCUAUCUGCCAGUUCAAAAGUUCGAUCUGUUUUCAUAUAGAAUAUAUAUACUAAAAUUUUCAGUCUGUUAAACAGCCUUACUCUGAUUCAGCCUCUUCAGAUAUUCUUGUGCAGCAGUGGCUCUGUGUGUAAAUGCUAUGCACUGAGGAUACACACAAACAUACACACACAAAAAAUGAUGUGUACAGGAUAAUGCCUCAUACCAAUCAGAUGUCCAUUUGUUACUGUGUUUGUUAACAACCCUUUAUCUCUUAGUGUUAUAAACUCCACUUAAAACUGAUUAAAGUCUCAUUCUUGUCAUUGUGUGGGUGUUUUAUUAAAUGAGAGUAUUUAUAAUUUAAAUUUGCAUAAAUCCAUUGAAAUUUUAGGUAAUGGGUAGCCAAAUAGGAUUAUAUUUUCUCUAAGGUUCCCGCCCACCCUCCUGCUGUCCAUCAGAGUCAGUGGGCUUUUUAUAAAAGAAUGACUUUUGCUUAGGAGUAGAUUAUAUGUCUACUCGUGUUUAAGAAACACUAUUCAAGCCUUAGUCACCACUUAAUAAAAUGUCUGGGCACAUGAAAUAAUAAUUUUAGUCCUGACAAAGUUCCAUAUUCUUGGCGAACUUUAUAUUGUACUGUUAAGCUCAAUGUCUGAAGACAACUUUCCCAAAUUUUGUGGCUUUUUCUUUAUAAUUUUUUACUUUGUCUUGUUCAACAUAAUGGGGAACUUUAUUUCUUGUGCCAUAUAAAAAGUGAAAUUUGAGAAUAAGUUACUUGUGUACUUUUAGGUAUACUAGGAAGCUUAAACACUGAGGCAUAUCCUUUCAACACAACAUAAAAUUAAGGUAAUAAAUGAAAUUAUAGUUUGUACAAAUGUUUUGAUAGCAAAGCAAACUUAAUGUAACAAUGGAUUUAAUGUUUCAAGUUUACAUCUCCAUGUGAAUGAUAUGUAAGAUGAAGCAUGAAGUGUAUGUUUAUUCACAGUAAGUGUACAUGAAAACUAUCCUGGAGUCUAAUAAUACUUCAGUUUAUAACAACAUACUUUGGUGAUGUUUGCAAAACAGGAAUUUAUUGAAAUUCUGAUUUUGUGUCAUGCCUGCACUGUACUGUAACUUGAGCUGGCGUGAUUCAGUGAAUGCCAUCACCAUUUCCAUUGAAAAUUUAAAAAUCACCGGUGUUUAACAUGCAGGCUUCCAAAGGCUUCCAAAAAAUCAAGACCCUUGAAUUUAGUUAAAUUACUGCUAACCUGAAAUUGGGUUUUUUUAUUUUUGCCAGAUAAUUGGCAAUUUUACAUGGCUUAUGUGUAACUAAAUUAGCAGUGCUGUCACUAGUGCAGAGAAAUUUUUGUGACUGGAAACAAUAAUUCAGUUAAAACUUGAAGGCAUGGGAUGUAAAACAGCAUGGUAAUGGAGAAAGACUUUUAAAGGUGAGAUAUUAGUGACUAAUUUACUUAUAACAUUAUAUAGCUAUAGGAAUCCUAGUGGCAAAGUUGCUUAUCAGUUUGUAGAGUUUAGAAAAAAAUCACUUUUAUAAUGAUCAUAUUUCUCCUAUCUUUCAAGAGAGCUUCCUUAUAGAUAGCAUAAUAUGAGUAGCCACUCAGACAAUUUCAUGUUGGUUGGUAGCUUUAAAUAUUUAUAAUGUGAAGACAAGACCAAACAGUUUCACUGGUGAUAGUACUCGUUGGUUUUUAAGUUGGCUAUUUUUAGAAUAAUUUCCCAAAUUUCCUAAAAUAAUCACUUAUAAUCUCAGCACUUGGAGAUAGAGCCAUUAUUACUUUAGUGACUAUACAAUCUUUUUUGUGUAUAUUCAUGUAUAUAUUUUAGAAAAUGAAAUUUAUACUGUGCAUAUUGUUAGUGUCUUGCUUCAUAUUUUCAUCAUGGAUUUGUAGAAUGUCCCAUUGCUUUACAAAAUGGAAAGUUACUUGAGCACUUUCUAAUGUUACACAUGCAGAUUAUAUACAGUUACCGAGCAUUCAAGUCAGUGGGUUAAUACUGUUGGCAUUAGGAUGGUAUAUGUCUAAGUAAAUCAGUUACAUUUAUUUAGCAUAAAGAAGCUUAAAAUUUUGGAUAUUCAAAGAACCAUAUUAAGUAGAAUAUGUGGAAUACUAUAUUAAUAGUUCAUCACUUCUGUUUCCCUUUUAGAUUGGAAAGGAAAGAUGGACUUUUCAGUUUGUAUAGUGGUAAGAAGUUGCUCAAUUUAGAGCCAGUUAUUUUAACACCCAUCCCCCACAAUACCCCCAAAAAAGCAAAACUACUGUGGAUUUAUCAUGUCUUUAAAUCUGCAUGGCCAUGUGAUUUGCAUCACAUCAAAAACAAUAUCUCAUGAACGGUUUGCCCUUAGCUCUGAAAACAGGUUUAUUAUUAUGGUGAGCUUAGAAUGUACAACUUUUUGAUAGUUUUUUGAGAAUUCUGGUGAAGACACAGCUGAGGGUAGUAUAUAUAACUUAUAAACCAAUGUAUUAAUAUUUUUAAAACAUUUUUACAUAUGAGUGAAGUUAACUGCCAUCUUUGAGCAUUACCACAUUUUAAAAUAAAGCUACAUAUUUUUAAAUGAAGUGUUUAACAAGGAUUUAUAUUUUUCAUUUUUAAAAAUUAAAAGUAAUUUAUAUCUUCUCUGUUGCAUGUGGGUUCUCAUCUGUCCUUAUAAUGGUUAGAGAAUUUGUUUGUGUAGAAGGAACAAAGCUUGUAGUCAUGGCUUUAGUGUUGCAGUUUGCCAAAUCUGUUUACUACAGUGAAAUUCUUGAUGUUUAGGUGUGGUGUUCAAUAGCACAUCACUUACUGGCUGUUAUUUAUGUGCGCCUCUAGGAUUUUUUGCCUACUACAGUUGUCUGAAUGAUAUCUCACCUUUACAAAUGCCGUUUCAGUAUCCAACUUGGUUCCAUUAAAUUGCCCUUGUGCCCUAGUGAACAGUUUGUACGUGUGCAUGUGUGAAUUUGUGUGUAUGUGGAGCGUGUCUGGGUGAAUUAGAUUUUCAAGAGUGCUACACUAAUUUAGAGAUUAAAUAAUUUGAUUCAGGCAAACAUUUCUCACUGGAAUUUUUCAGUUAUUGUAAUGAAAAUGUUAACCCUGGACAACCUUUGGCAUACAGUAGUGAAUCAUGGAUAUUGAUGAAUUUGUUAGUAGCAUCUUGAUAUGUACAUUAAUGAGUUAUUUUUAAAGUUGUGCAUUAAACCAAAGUUGGCAUUUUGGAAAUGUUUAUAUCAAGUUCCAUUUGGCUACUGAUGGACAAGAAUAGAAAUGCCUUCCUAUGGAGAGUAUUUUUCCUUUAAAAAAUUAAAAAGGUUAAUUAUUUUGA